AUGCCGAUAAACUUAUUUCGAGGAUGGCCGAACCCCUCCCUCCAUCCUAUUCCCGCUCUUACCGCCGCCACAUCAGCGGUUCUGUCCAGCCCUCUCCUCUCGACUCCGGCUCUCAACUACGGUCCAGAUGAAGGAGACCCCGGCCUCCGCGACGAGAUAGCCCGCUGGCUGUCUAACUUCUACUCCCCUCCAUCCCCCGUAGCUCCUUCUCGCAUCUGCAUCACCGGCGGGGCCAGCCAAAACCUCGCUUGUCUACUGCAGGUGUUCUCUGACCCGUUGUACACGAAGAACGUAUGGAUGGUUGCGCCGACGUAUUAUUUGGCGUGUCGGAUUUUUGAUGAUGCGGGUUUUGCGGGGAAGCUCAGGGGGGUGAGGGAAGAUGAGGAAGGGUUGGAUAUUGGUGGUCUAGAAAGGGGUUUGGAGGCGAGUGAGGAGCGAGCAAGGGCAGAACUGAAGCGGGAGGGCGAUCGGAAUCGAAAUUCGGGAGCAGAAGAUUUUGAACUGAGACGGGCCUUCAAGCCUUCCCGCCCGUGGCGGAAGCUAUAUAAGCACAUUAUAUACACAACCCCGACCUUCUCCAACCCUUCCACAAGAAUAAUGAGCCUCCGACGUCGGGAAGAACUUGUCCGGCUUGCGAGGAAAUACGACGCCCUGAUCAUCUCCGAUGAUGUAUAUGAUCACCUCCAAUGGCCCGCCUCUCCCUCUACAUGCCCUAUCCCAGAGUAUCCAGGUGAAGCCACUGUCCCUCGCAUCGUGGAUGUCGACCGAUUUCUCGAUGGAGGGCCAUUAGGAGAGUUCGGAAAUGCUGUUAGCAACGGUAGCUUUAGCAAACUUAUCGGUGCUGGGUGUCGCGUUGGCUGGGCGGAGGGGACUGAGAAAUUUGUCCAUGGCUUGUCACAGGCCGGGUCCUCGCGUUCAGGCGGCUGCCCCUCCCAGUUCACAUCGACAUUUGUCCGCGAGCUACUAGCUUCAAACUCACUGCAGACUCAUAUCAGAACCGUCCUGCAACCUGCGUACUCAAAGCGCUUCCACUCCCUCACCGCAGCCGUGCGAAAACAUCUUUUCCCGCUUGGUGUGUCGUUGCCAAACGACCCUGCAAGUAUCAGUUCCACGGAGACCGACCCGAAUGCCAACACCAUCAGCACUUGUAGUACCGGCAGUCAAAGUGGUAUUGCCGGUGGGUACUUCCUCUGGCUCCGCCUCCCGCCAGGCCUGAGAGCUAGCAAUUUAGCGAAGAAGGCGCAGGAGGAGGAGGAUUUAAUGAUUGCGGGUGGAAAUUUGUUUAAAGUAGUUCGGGAAGAUUAUGGCCAUGGGAAUGAUGAUUGCGUAGAGAAGAAUCCAGAGGACUUUGAGGGGUUUGUCAGGUUGUGUUUUGCGUGGGAGGAGGAUGGGAAGUUUGACGAAGGGGUUCAGAGACUUGCAAGGUUGAUAAGGAGGGAAAUGCGUGAAAUUGAAAGAGAACCAAUAAUUUAA